GCCGUGGACUGACAGCUCGUCGCGCGCGGCGCCGUCCUUUGUAGCUUUGCGUCGUGCUCGAUAUCGCAUCAUGCACCCCACUCGACGCAAUAGCCGUUGGCAUCCACGCUUGCAACAAACGAGACGCUGCUUUCGUGCCUCCGUGGCCAUUCGAUACCGUACGAGUGCCUCUCGCAGAUCGUGAACGUCUGAGAUCAAAAAUAAAAAUAAAAAACGGGUCUUGUUCGUCUACGGGGGCACCCCCGAGUACAGUCAUUCGGGACGGCAUUUCUGGUAUCGAUGUACAUUUCCGCCGUUUUGAAGACGGAUCCGCAGCACAGGAACGGAUCGACCUGCUCAAAUAGAAAGAGAGCAAUUUCAAUACACUUUUGAAACGGUCAAGCCGCCGCCCAGGCCGUGCUGUGCCGGCAUCAAGACUCGACCAAUGUUUCUGGCUCAAGUAAGCUCUGUAAAACUACAGCCCUACCGUGCAGAAUGGCAGCACUGUUGCUGCGCGCCAUACGAAAGCCGACAAGGUAUGACUCUGUCUGGACCCAACAUCUCCCGAUGCUCGACAAAAACGACCUUGCAGCUGGGCGUGGGAUUCGAAGCCAAAUCCUGGGCGGCGUCUCUUCCAGAAGGUCUCUCGGAUUCUUCGCCACUGCACAAAACGGCACUGAUUUGCGCCCCCAAGAGCUGGGCAUGAUCUUAGCCAGCUCACUGUGGUUGGCUACACAAUCGCUGCCAUCGGCCCGGGAAGGCGACAACGGGAGUGUAUCGCGGGCAGCUUGGAAUCAUUGUUGAGAUACGCCGUUCGCAUCCGCACGACGCAAGGGCAGUCGUCGAACGCCUUAGCACCUGCAUCUCACCCCGGCAUAAUUAGUAUCAGGUGUACAGAGCGUGGGAUACGAUCUUCAAAUGCUACAGUUUGCCAACGAUCAAACGCAGAAUUCGUCAUCGCCAUGAGGCCUCGCAUGCAAGUCGCAUCACGUCGCCAUUCUCAGCUCAGGUCGACCGUGUGCUACUGCGAACGAGAGCUACGAGAAGAACGUCAGACGCCCCCAAGGGAGCCAGCGAUCAUUUGCGGACGACGACGCGAGACUUCUUGGCUAAGCACUGUCGUGACCUGCUGGUACUUGGCAAUUGCAGCUCUCAAUUUGGCCCUGCAAUCCAACAGGUGCUGCUUGGCGCUCUGCUUAGAACUAAACUCGGGCCAUCCAGAGAGCACGAGCUCACGCAGCCCACAGCCUUGUUCGAAUCUUUACAAGCACAAAUAUGCAAGUCCGUCAAUUGGGUGCUUGUGGUCACUUAGUGCACAUCUCAGCCCAUCGUCCGUUGAGUGACAUCUCCCCUGACUUGGUGCGCCAACCUCGCACAGACAGCUCACGGCCACCAGGCGACUAUUGAUCUACUUGUAAGUCUGCUCAAUAAUCUCCUCCAGAGGACGCGACGGCAGACGGUACCGACCGCCAAGCUCGUACUCUGUCAUUGUCAUUGCGCCUUUGCCAGUAAGGAGGCGUCGGCCCAGCCGUGCGUGCAGGUCCUGUGUGGGGUGCGCUUUGUUCCAUUUCUGAUGCCAGGGCUUGAGAGUCUUCCAUAGUGCGCAGCAAUCGCCUGCGGAAAGGACGCCAGAGAAUCUAGUAAGAGGAGCUAUCUUGAAGAGAAGAAAUAGAAGAAAAAAAAAUCAGCGCUGCGACAUGGC